GGAGGAUCUUGCCGGUCGCGUCCGCAGGUCGUCCGCUGUAGCGAGGUUUAUUUGGCGUAUGGACGACACGCGUUUCCGUCGGAGGUGACGGCGGAUUACCAACUCGAAAUAUGUCCAGGGUCCCGGAACAGAGCGGCCCAAAGUCGGGGGCCUUUUGGAACUGCGCUUGUGUUUCUAGUAUGACCGUGUCUGCCGGGCCGAGUGGGUCAUCACAACCCCAAGGAGCCUAGAGUCUCUCUCUCUUUCACACACACACACACACACACGCACACACACACACACACACACACACACACACACACACACACACGCAUGCCAGAGACGGCGGCGACCCUGGCAGACGCCUCAUCUGUAGGAGAUUGAUGAGGCUGUGUGCGGCGAGAGCAGCCCCGGCUGGGCGCCAUUAAGAAAGCUUUCAUCUCACUUCGUGUUCAACCUCCCCCCCCCCUCCCCCGCCUCAUUUUGAGGGUCUCAGAAGGGGGGCGGGCUCCGACGUGCGACUGUGGAUUAUGACUGAUGGCUCCACCGAGUGAAGAGGACGACGGCGCCACUGGACCGGCGGCGGCACCGUGACCGGCCCCAGCCGCCCCGCCCCCUCCGCCGAACCCGCGAAGAUGUCCGCACCACUUUCACUUUUGCGCUCGCGUGGCGGCCAUCUUGGAUUACUCCGCUGCACCUGGUUUACGGGAGGUCGACGUCAUCACGCCGCGCCACAGUCAGAACACGACACACGCAAGGGAGGCAAACCGCAGAGCUGAGAGAGGCUUUCUCAAAGAACGACAAACAGACGAAUAAAACCAUCUAUCUAUCUAUCUAUCUGUCGAUCUGUGUCACACAUACACAACAAAGACAAGCCAAUACACAAACCUUGCGUUGCAGGACGGACAAUGUGCAACAUCACUUUCUGUGAUGUGGCUAGUAAGGUGGACCAGUACUUCCAGCCCACGCUGUACAUCAUAGUCAUCGUUCUGGGGCUGCCCACCAACUGCAUGGCCCUGUGGGCUGCAUACAUGCAAGUGCGCCAACGUAACGAGCUCGGCAUCUACCUGAUCAACCUGUCGGUGGCGGACCUCCUCUACAUCACCACGCUUCCGCUGUGGAUCGACUACUUCCUGCAGCACGACCACUGGAUCCAUGGCCAGGAGAGCUGCAAGCUCUUCGGCUUCAUCUUCUACACGAACAUCUACGUCAGCAUUGCCUUCCUCUGCUGCAUAUCCCUCGACCGGUACCUGGCCGUGGCCCACCCCUUGCGCUUCACAAAGGUCCGGCGAGUCAAAACAGCCGUGGUGGUCAGUGUCAUGGUAUGGAUCAUUGAGAUCGUGGCCAACUCCGCUCCUCUCUUCCAUGACGAGCUCUUCCAGAACAAGUUCAACCACACCUUCUGUUUCGAGAAGUACCCCAUGCAGGACUGGGUGGCCGGGAUGAACCUCUACAGAACAUUCCUGGGUUUCCUGGCCCCCUGGGCGGCCAUGUUGGUCGCCUACCGCGGCAUCCUGGCCGCCGUGCGUUGUAACGUCUCCACGGAGCAACAGGAGAAGGCCAAGAUCACGCGGCUGGCGCUGAGCCUCAUCCUGAUUGUGUUCUUCUGUUUCGGACCGUAUCACGUGCUGCUCCUCUGGAGGAGUGUCUUGUUCCUGAAGGCGCCUUGUGACUGCGGCUCAGAGGAGAGCCUCUUUGCAGCGUACCACGUCUCGCUGGCACUGACCAGCCUCAACUGUGUGGCCGACCCCAUUUUGUACUGUUUCGUGAAUGAGGGGGCGAGGCACGACGUUGGCAAAGCUCUCUCCACGCUGCUGGCCGCCGCCUGCUACAAGGGGCCCUCCUCUUCCUCGCCGUCCCACGCCGACAUGCUCGCCGCCGGCUCGGUCUCCAUGGAGACGCCGCUGUCAGCGAAGAAGCAGCCAAACGUUUACGGGGAUGGGGAGAAGACGAGCAGUUACAAGAUAGAACUGGUGGCACUGAAGGAAGAGUGUCUACAGAUGACUAUCCUCGGUGUUGGAAAGUGAGUUCCACCGAGGAAACGUAGUUCCAGUACUAUACAACCAAAUGGGCAGAUGGUGGUGCUAAAA